AAGCAACAACCAACGAACACAGCAUUUGCUGUGUGUUUGCCAAGUCUUAAGCACGUCUAUCUAUUGCUCGCUUAUCGGCCUGUCAACCGAGCUAAAUAACCAGCCUUACCAACCAUCCAGUCGGUCAGUGAGUUUGUGAGAAUUGCUCUGCUAAGGUUUUACUUUUGUUCAGACAAUCAGCCGCAGUCACUCAGUAAUCAUUCGAACGUUGACUAAAGCGGUACAUCUUUCUUUUUUAUUUUUCGCUUUAGGAAAAAGAAUGCUAAACGAACGUGAUUAACGUGUCGCGUGCGUGUAUUUUUUUUUUUUUUUUUUGUGAUGUGCGUGUCCAUCUUACAGUGUUUACGUUUAGUGCAACAUUUGAAAAAUUGAAACCAUUUUUAGACGAUAUUAUUAAUUGGCUUUCAAGGGCCACUCAUGUAGAUCACAUUUAAAGCUAAUGACACUGAUUUGUGUGACCACCUAAAUGCUUAAUAGCACCUAAUGGCAAUAAGGAUAGCAUAAUAACAAAAGUCUUUUGUAUCUGUACUUAAUCGACGCAAUACAUCUAAACUGAAGAAGAUAAUCAUUAAAAUUGAAUAAUAAAUAAGUGUCGACAAGAGGAUUGUGUGCAUCUGUAGCUCGGUGCGUGUGUGUGUGUGUGUGUGUGUGUGUGUGGUUAACCCAGAAACACACUACACUAUUAUAUACAAGUAAACAAGCAAAAGUUACAGCUGUGUGGCGGCGGUUGAUGAUCGCAGUGCUCGUAAAAGUAUUAUUUAGUUUAUGAGUUCAAAUCCUCCGUAGACCCUUGAAAAAGCAUAAAAUUUUUAUCAUCAUGCAUUGGUUAUGCUUUGGUUUCAUAACGGUGCUGUGCUUGAGCUUAAAACAUGUGGCGUCAUUGUCUUUGGAUCCAGUGGCUUCUUCAGAAUUGGAGCAGUAUAUAAAAAAGGGUGAUUGCGUUGUUUCGAUGCGUCACAUACGACCGAGACGUAAGCUGCACAUAUCUAUAGAGGCAUUGUUUAUGAUUGAUUUUCCCACGUUAAAGCAUAAGAUGUCGUUUUUUUUGGACCGCAAACAGCAAAGGGUUACCUUGGAUAUUAGCUCAUCCGGUGAAAUUGAUUCGGUGCAUUUCGAUAUUCCUCAUAUCAAUGAAACAAGCACAAUACGCUCGUUGGCUUUGCAUUUCCAUAAAAGUCGCAUUUCGUUAUUGGUCGAUUGCAAAGAAACUGCAGCACAUGAUGUCGAAAUGAAUUUCAAUCAAUUGUAUACGCAAAUGGAUGAUCCUGUGGUUAAAUUGUUUCGAGAGCGUAAAUAUCCUUUGCAUUUUGAUAGCAAUGUCGAUAGCGCUUUGCAGCGAGCCAAUUGUCAAAAGGGCGUGCAUAAUCGACGUGGCAAUCGUCGUAUGCUGAAAAAUAAAAUAUCUGAACGGGAAAAAAACAAAAAACGUGAUGUACGCAAUUGGCUUAACCGUGAGCCAGGUUUGCAUACGGAAAAAUAUCGCCAAUCAGAGAUACCCGUAGAUAUUGAACAGCACAGAGGCGAUAUACCUAUGAUGGGUGGCGACUGUGAAGACGCCCUCGCAAAAUCUCUGAGCGAUUUAAUGGCUUUGGUGAAAUUGCUUCGUGAAGACAUCGCCUACCAACGUCAAGAGAUUGCUUAUUUGCGUAUGCUUCUCGAAAAUUGUGCAGGCUGUAAAGAACCUAAAGGUGACAAUGAUAUACGCAUCGAGACGACAUGUCGCACAUCGAACCCUUGCUAUCCGGGUACCGAAUGCUUUGACUCUGUCACGGGUCCUAGAUGCGGCCGCUGUCCCAUGAGCAUGGUAGGCGACGGUAAAAUCUGCAAACCAGUUAUUACUUGCGCUGAUCGACCAUGUUAUGCAGGUGUACCAUGCCAUGAUACCAUGACUGGUGCCCAAUGUGAUCCCUGUCCUAUGGGCUAUGAAGGUGAUGGACGUAGCUGCAUAAAACGUAAUCCCUGUCUUGAUGGUCCAUGUCCUUCGGGAGCCGAGUGUGUGGAAAUGGAUUUUUCUCCGUAUUUUGAAUGCAUAUCUUGUAGCCGUAGCGAACAACGUAAUGGUACCGAGUGCGUGGAUAUAGAUGAGUGCGAGCUCUACAGACCUUGCGAUGCCCGAACAACUUGCGUAAAUCAAAGUCCUGGAUUUCGUUGUGAACCAUGUCCUUUGGGCUUUGAUGGCAAUCAUAUUUACGGUUAUUAUGCCGAAUACUGGACGCCGAGCUAUCAAAAACAAACUUGUUAUGAUGUAGAUGAAUGUGAAAGCGGUAUCGCUCGUUGUUGGGCGAAUUCUCUAUGCUUGAACACAAUUGGGUCUUAUCGGUGCAAUUGUCGUGAAGGUUACACUGCGAACGGUACUUCACAAUGUGUUCCCUUAGCAGAUAUGUGUCCCGACGGUACAAUCUGCGAUAGCAAUGCCGCCUGUGUAUCUAGCGGUAACAAUAAAUAUCAUUGUAAAUGCAGUGUGGGUUGGGCAGGCAAUGGUUUCCUUUGUGGUCGCGACCACGAUUUAGAUGAUUGGCCUGAUAAUCAAUUAACUUGUUCCGAUUUGCAUUGUCGCCGCGACAAUUGCCCAGAUAUUCCCAAUUCGGGACAAGAAGAUGGCGAUAAUGAUGGUAUUGGUGACAAUUGUGACGAUGACGCUGAUGGCGAUUUAAUCUUAAACGACAAAGACAAUUGUCCUUUCGUUUACAAUAACGAUCAAUUAGAUUCGGAUCAUGACGGUGUCGGUGAUGCUUGCGAUAACUGCCCGCUUAUAUCAAAUCGUAAGCAACUGGACAAUGAUGGCGAUGGUACAGGAAAUGCAUGCGAUGACGACAGCGACAAUGAUACGGUAAUCAAUGAUUAUGACAAUUGUAAGCUUAUUGCCAAUCCAAACCAGUCGGACAUUGAUAAUGACGGCGUUGGAGAUGUAUGCGAUAACUGUCCGAGCAUUUCGAAUCCCUCUCAAGAGGAUCGCGAUAACGAUUUAUUAGGUGAUGCUUGCGACAGUGAAAUUGACGGGGAUAACGAUGGCAUACAAGAUAGCGAAGACAAUUGUCCUAUGGUUAGCAAUGCUGAUCAAUUGGAUACCGAUAGGGAUGGCAAGGGCGACGCUUGUGAUGAUGAUAUGGAUGGUGAUGGUGUACCCAACUAUAGAGAUAAUUGUCCUUUGGCAAAUAACCCCAACCAAGCGGACUUGAAUAAAAACGGGAAGGGAGAUAUUUGUGAAUAUGAUGAAGAUGCUGAUGGAAUACCAAAUGCUUUAGAUAAUUGCCCAAAUAAUUCCAUGAUAUAUUCCACUGAUUUUCGAGAUUUACGACCGGUGUUAUUGGAUCCUGUAGGUGAAGCACAGCGGGAUCCAAAUUGGGAAGUACACGCUAAUGGCUCCGAAAUUAUUCAAACGUUAAAUAGCGACCCUGGACUGGUCGUCGGACACGAUGCAUUCAGUGGCGUAGACUUUGAGGGUACAUUUUACGUCAAUGACGAGUCUGACGACGAUUACGUUGGUUUUAUAUUCAGCUAUCAAAGCAAUCGCAAAUUUUAUGUAGUUAUGUGGAAAAAAAAUUCUCAAACGUAUUGGCAUUCGAAUCCGUUCCGGGCAUCUGGUGAGCCAGGUAUACAAAUCAAAUUAGUAGAUAGCGUUUCCGGGCCCGGACCGAAAUUACGGAAUAGCUUGUGGCACACUGGUGACACUAAAGGUGAAGUAAAACUUCUAUGGAAAGAUCCGCUGAAUAUCGGCUGGAGAGAAAAGACGUCUUAUCGAUGGUCACUGGUACAUCGACCAGCUAUUGGUCUCAUCAGAUUGCGCAUGUUUGAAUCCGAUAAACUCAUCCUAGACUCGCAUAAUAUAUAUGACUCCACGUUAAAAGGUGGACGUUUAGGUGCCUUUUGUUUUUCACAAGAAAUGAUUAUAUGGUCGGAUUUGGCAUAUAAAUGCAAUACUCGCGUGCCUGCCUUGAUCUUCAAUGACCUGCCGAAUCAUUUAAAACAAAAAGUUGAAAUUGAUAGAUAA